CUCGUGAAUCUCUUCCUGCAAUCCAUCUGAGGCUCACAUCCUCAUCCUUGACGUGAACAUAUGAGACUCCGAUUUCAUCACUUCCAUAAUGGUGAUGGCUUCUUUGGAUUCAUCGCUUGGCAGCAUACAGGCUGCGCACACAGCUGCAAGCAUGCCACAUACGCCUGGGCGAGGUGGCGAAGCAGCCUCUCUAUCCCAACUCUGGACAGACACGUCUCAGCCCUCGCACGGCUCAAGCAGUACUGGACAUCAGCAUCUUCAGCAUCAUGCAGCACUUCCAACAGGGAGCCCGAGCACAGACAUGCUCUGCAGCAACGGCGUCGGCCCUUCACAUUCACCUCAGACUCGUCGAUCUCUUCCGUUCGGAUCCUUCGCAUCUGCUCCGCCCAUGGUGGCAUCCAACACGAGUCGCAUCAGCUGGGGUUCCUUUGGCUACACUAGUGCUCCGAGCAUCACCUCACAGCAACGAGUCAGUGCCAAGACAUCACCCCCGCCAGACUCUUUCAGCGCAUCCCACUCGCAUAACAGCCAUCACUGCACCUCGAACCAUGACAUCGGAUCUGCUUUGCACCUCAAUAAGCCCGCCGACGUACCCUCUAAGGCGCCGUCAUCAGCGAAGCGCCUCGCCUUGUUGCCUUCGUCUUCUUCGGCGACUGCUAUACGCCGCAAAAGAGGGCGAAACGAGAGUGUAGACAUGCAAGAAGAAGAGGAGCCCGCAAGGUACGGUUGCGAAACAUUGGAUUCCAGAGCUAGCGGCUCGUCCUGGAACACUACCGUCAGGUUACAAGAUGGGGCGAGCGGAAGGUCAGAAGCUAGGCAGGUGUUGCCUAAGCGAAUGAGGUCGGGUAUGACCAUACACAGCACGACUCGUGAUGCCUCCACAGAGUAUGGACUGGAGCACUCCACUUCCGGACGCAUGUCGAGUGACAAGGAAUGGGCGGCACGUCAUCCUGCCUCGGCAGCUGGCAGCGCGGAGUCGACCCAGAGUGGCAACGACCCAGAGGUGGAUCUUGGCAAGCUACUUGCUAUGUUGGAUCGACCUUCCCUGUUGGUCCUACUCUCACGCCUGCUCGCUCAUUCUACCGACUCCGCCUUGCCAGCUCAGAUGCUUCGUCACAUGCCCACGCCUUCCAUUGCCACAUUUGGGGCUUCGCUGGACGAAUGCGAGCGGCAAGUUCGUGCAGCAAUCCCGAGUGCCACGAGCGCAGGAGUCAGAGCAGAGUGGGCAUGGAGCAGAAUCAGGAAUCCCCUGCAAGACUUCGUCACCAGCGCCAUCGGCUUCUUCCGACUCUUUGAUGAUACCCCCGGCAACGAGAACACUGAUCAGAUCGACAACAUUCACCCUAGCACCACGUUCUCCUUCCUUCACGACCUCACUGAACGUCUACUCCGAAUUCAGGCCACCCUACCGCCCGUUCCUGAUUCUACGCUGGCUUUUGCCGCUCACACAGCACCUUCUCCUCACGAAUAUCGGGGGUCGGCACCGCGAACAGAUGGCUCGGGUCAUGACGUACUACGCUCCUUGCUCGACGCUAGGAUGUUGUCACGCGCAUCGCCCAACACUUUGAUUUCGCAGCUGGCUCCUUAUCUGCUUCAUCGCUGGUCUACUCUGUUGAAGCGCAUAUCUGGAGCUGUCAACGAGCAAGGCAGGAUCUUUGGUCAGGAUAUGAUCAAGGGCUGGUUGAGCGCAUUACAGACUCUGGGAGGUUCUGGUGUCACAAGUGCGAGCUCGGUACUGAUGAGCAGCAACCGAGUGUCGCCUAGCGUCGAUAUAGCUGAUGCUGGAGCAAUCGGUCCUGAGGAGAGGGCCAUCAGACAAGUCUUCCAAAUGUACCAUCGAGCACUUGUACAGCAGAUAGGCUGGCUCGUCGGUGUCUCAUUGUGACUUGGCACGCCGAGCACGGACUGCGUCGGUCUUUACGACGCUUGUCACUCUUCACUUAGCUAGAAAAUCUAUUAUCGAUGUCAUGCACAUGACGACUCAUAUCAAAUGGGACGCGUAACCACAGGUGCGCCUGCCACGUCAAACAUCAAUGCAGGCUCCUGCAUUCUUGUG